AUGUCCUGCUGUCUCCACUCUGAGAUCUCUGCUCCCCCUCGGUUGUGUUCAGAGACUUGGACACACUUUGACUAUGCCCCCGUGAGGCAGGUGGAUCCCAGAGGAUCUUUAGAGCCACCCAAGCCAGUGAAAGGCAAGAAAAAACGGGAUCUGAAAAUAACAUGUCCCCCCAUCAAGCAACCUGUCGUGAACCCAACGCCCCCGAGGAACUUGGACUCCAGAACCUUCAUUACGAUUGGAGAUAAAAACUUUGAAGUGGAGGCCGAUGAUUUGGUGACCAUUUCGGAGCUGGGCCGUGGGGCCUAUGGAGUGGUGGAGAAAGUACGGCAUGCACAGAGUGGCACCAUCAUGGCUGUCAAGAGAAUCCGAGCGACCGUGAACACUCAGGAGCAGAAGAGGUUACUGAUGGACUUGGACAUCUCCAUGAGGACAGUAGACUGCUUCUAUACAGUCACCUUCUAUGGAGCCCUCUUCCGAGAGGGCGAUGUGUGGAUCUGCAUGGAGCUGAUGGACACGUCUCUGGAUAAAUUCUACAAGAAGGUGCUGGAGAAGAAGAAGACAAUCCCUGAGGAUAUCCUCGGGAAGAUCGCUGUGUCUAUUGUGCGAGCACUGGAGCAUUUGCACAGUAAACUGUCAGUGAUUCACAGAGAUGUGAAACCUUCCAACGUUCUCAUUAACAAGGAGGGGCAUGUGAAAAUGUGCGACUUUGGAAUCAGUGGCUACUUGGUGGACUCCGUUGCUAAGACCAUGGACGCUGGCUGUAAACCCUACAUGGCUCCCGAGAGAAUAAACCCGGAACUGAACCAGAAGGGCUACAACGUGAAGUCCGACGUGUGGAGUCUUGGAAUCACAAUGAUCGAGAUGGCCAUUCUCCGCUUCCCCUACGAGUCCUGGGGUACCCCCUUCCAGCAACUCAAGCAAGUAGUAGAGGAGCCUUCGCCCCAGCUCCCUGCGGAUCGCUUCUCAAAGGAGUUUGUGGACUUCACAGCACAGUGCUUAAGGAAGAACCCUGCAGAACGAAUGAACUAUUUAGAACUUAUGGAACAUCCUUUCUUUACCUUGCACAACACCAAAGAGACUGACAUGGUCUCCUUCGUGACAGAGAUCCUCGGGGAAGACUCCUAA